AUGGCCCUUUACGCCUUCGGCUCCAACGGCUCCGGCCAACUCGGCCUUGGUCACAGGGAAGACGUUGCCUGCCCAACAAGAUGUCUCAUCAAAUGGGAGCCUACCUCGAUGGAUAAAGCUGCCACGAACGCGCCCCCCAAUAACUACAAUGACAACGUGCCAUUUUGCCUGGCCGCGGGAGGAAACCAUACUCUUGCCCUUUUCAGCUCUGGCGCGGUGUAUGCGGCGGGGUCGAAUGGGAACGGGAGAUGUGCAUAUGCCCCAGAAGACGCGGAAAUAUUACUCGAGUUUAGCCGGGUUGUUAUCUAUGAUGGCGAGCGGAAAGUUGACCGGUUUACCGCUGUGUCGGCUACAUGGGAAUCUUCAUGCUUUGUUGAAGCAGGCACUGGGUAUGUUUAUGUUGCAGGCACGGGCAUGAAAGGUGAAUUGGGCCUCGGAGAGAAUGUCACUGAAAUGAAUGUCCCGACACGGAUACCGAAUUUUCCGCCUAAGGGUACGGAGAUUGUUGGGAUUUCUGGCAGUGUUGGACACACUGUGGUGAUACUAUCUAAUGGGGAAGUAUAUGGCUGGGGCAAUGCGAGAAAAGGCCAACUUGGAGAAUCAGGAGUUAAAAAGAAGAUAUUUUGGUCUCCACAGAGAGUCAAUGUUCCUUUCCAAGCAAGGAACGCCGCGUGUGGGAGGGAGUUUACUAUAAUUGUGGGGGAUGCAGAAGAAGGGUCCCUGGUGAUCCUUGGCUCAGAUAAAUGGGGGGUGCAGUCUGGAGCCCCAUCGACACUGAAGGGCUACAAUUCCGUCGCUGCAAGUUGGCAUGGUAUUUACAGUCACAAUUUCGAUGGGUCCAUUACUGCGUGGGGUCGGAAUGACCGCGGGCAGCUACCGCCGCCUGAUUUUCCCAGAGUCCCUUUGAUCGGAAUCGGAAGUGAACACGUUGUCGCUGCUAUCGACAAGAAACGAGUAGUCGCUUUUGGAUGGGGUGAGCACGGAAACUGUGGUCCAGAGACUAACGAUCAAGGUAAUGUCGUGGGACGAUAUGCAAAAGUCCCACCCGCUGGUGGUGAAGGACUUAACAUUACUGCAGUCGGGGCGGGCUGCGCUACCAGCUGGCUUAUGACGGAGGAAAGACCUCAGGCCUUUGAGGAGCACUAA